UUAAACUGUUUCAAAUGCAAAAUUAUAGAAGCUAAAGAAACAAUAAAUAAAAAAAUGGAGGUAAAGGAAGGAUUGUGGCCAGCAAGUCCUAGUGCACAAUACUAUAACAGCUCUGUGCUAUCGGUAUCCAUUAUGGGUGUUAUGGAAACUGAGGUGCCAAUUGCAAUCAACCACGCCCGAACCAUGUUAUUGCUCAAGGAUGUGUUCCUGCCCAUUAAUCCACGCUUUUCCUCCAUCAUGGUUAUGGAUGGAAAAGGAGAGAGGCAAUGGAAACGGGUUGAGGUGAAGCUUGAAAAGCAUGUUAAUGUCCCCAUUUUCCCCACUGGCUUGUCACCCACAUCAUACGAUGAAUAUCUUGAAGAUUAUAUAUCAAGGAUUUCAAUGGAGCAUUUUUCAGAAGACAAACCACUAUGGGAAAUUCACAUGGUUAAAUAUCCAACAAGCAAUGCAGCUGGUACUAUCAUAUUCAAGCUUCACCAUGCGCUUGGUGAUGGCUACUCCCUCAUGGGUGCACUUCUCUCUUGUCUGCAAAGAGCUGAUAAUCCUUCUCUUCCCCUAACAUUUCCUUCACGCCAACACACACAGUCAAAAAGCAACAGAGAAAGUUCUUGUAGAAGAGUUCCCAAACUUUUUUCCUUGAUCUUUAACUCUGUAUCUGAUUUUGCUUUUUGCUUUUUCAAAAGUACUUUGGUUGAAGAUGAUCGAACACCGAUAAGGUCUGGGAUUGAAGGAGUCGAGCAUCGGCCAAUUAUGAUAACAAACAUGAUAUUCUCUCUGGAUAGUAUCAAACACAUUAAGGCCAAGCUUGGAGUGACGAUAAAUGAUGUAAUUACUGGAAUAAUCUUCCUCGGCACCCGGUUAUGCAUGCAAGAGAUUAACUAUAAAUCAAGUAAAUCACAUUCCACAGCAUUGGUAUUGCUCAACACUAGGACAAUGAGUGGCGCCUACAAGUCAAUUGAGGAGAUGCUUGAACCUAAGUCAAAGGUGCCAUGGGGGAACCGAUUCAGCUUCUUGCAUGUACCAAUGCCAAAGUUUAAGGAUGAUCAUAAAUCCGCAAACCCACUUGAGUUUGUGUGGGCAGCAAACAAGAUAAUCAAGAAGAAGAAAAGCUCAUUAGGUGUUUAUAUCACUAGUAAGCUUUUGGAUAUUGUGAAGAAACUUAAAGGCCCUGAGGCUGCCGCUAAAUUCAUACAUGGGACAAUAUGGAAGUCUAGUUUGUCGAUUUCGAAUUUGAUCGGGCCACUGGAACAAGUGUCUUUGGAUAAUCAUCCGAUCAAAGGUCUAUACUACGUGGUGCUCGGUAUACCUCAGAACCUUGUUAUAUCAAUAGUAAGUUACAUGGGAAGCCUGAGGGUUAGCGCCGUAAUAGAGAAGGGAUUCCUGGAUCCCCAAAAAUUCAAGUCAUGCGUGGAAAAUGCCUUUGAGAUAAUUCUCAAAGCUGCAGAUGAAAUCCCUAAUUAAACAAAGAUUUCUGUUUUUUUUUUUAAUAAUAUAUAAUCAAAUAAAUCGAAGUUGAUUCAUAAAUGUUGAUAUUCUAUUGAUAAACAUGUCAAUACAAUUUCUAUGUAUACAUUCUUAUCAUAUACACACACAAUGGUGUGUAAUGAUUAUAUAUGAUGAUUGGUCAACCUUCUCUCAUCCUCCAUGUAAAACUUUAUGUAGAAGGGUUUUAAUUAAUAUUUAUUAUCAUAAUGCCAAGCCUAUUUCUCUUGAA